CCGGCCGCGCGCCCCCCCGCCGCCGCUCUCGGGCUCCGGCCGGGUCUCGCGCGCCGUCUUCUCGAGAGGGGCAUCGCGCCGCCCGGCGCGCGCCGCCCCCCUGCCUCGCGGCGCGGGGUCUCGCGGGCCCCGCUCCCGCCCUCCGCUCGCCUGGCCCGGACCGGAAGCGGCGCCGCACGGCCUGGGCCUGGCGCGGGGGGCGGGCACCGGGGCCCGGUCGGACAUGGGCAAGAAGCACAAGAAGCACAAGUCGGACAAACACCUCUACGAGGAGUAUGUAGAGAAGCCCUUGAAGCUGGUCCUCAAAGUAGGAGGGAACGAAGUCACCGAACUCUCCACGGGCAGCUCGGGGCACGACUCCAGCCUCUUCGAAGACAAAAACGAUCAUGACAAACACAAGGACAGAAAGCGGAAAAAGAGAAAGAAAGGAGAGAAGCAGAUUCCAGGGGAAGAAAAGGGGAGAAAACGGAGAAGAGUUAAGGAGGAUAAAAAGAAGCGAGAUCGAGACCGGGUGGAGAAUGAGGCAGAAAAAGACCUCCAGUGUCACGCCCCUGUGAGAUUAGACUUGCCCCCUGAGAAGCCUCUCACAAGCUCUUUAGCCAAACAAGAAGAAGUAGAACAGACACCCCUUCAAGAAGCUUUGAAUCAACUGAUGAGACAAUUGCAGAGAAAAGAUCCAAGUGCUUUCUUUUCAUUUCCUGUGACUGAUUUUAUUGCUCCUGGCUACUCCAUGAUCAUUAAACACCCAAUGGAUUUUAGUACCAUGAAAGAAAAGAUCAAGAACAAUGACUAUCAGUCCAUAGAAGAACUAAAGGAUAACUUCAAACUAAUGUGUACUAAUGCCAUGAUUUACAAUAAACCAGAGACCAUUUAUUAUAAAGCUGCAAAGAAGCUGUUGCACUCAGGAAUGAAAAUUCUUAGCCAGGAAAGAAUUCAGAGCCUGAAGCAGAGCAUAGACUUCAUGGCUGACUUGCAGAAAACUCGAAAGCAGAAAGAUGGAACAGACACCUCACAGAGUGGGGAGGACGGAGGCUGCUGGCAGAGAGAGAGAGAGGACUCUGGAGAUGCCGAAGCACACGCUUUCAAGAGUCCCAGCAAAGAAAAUAAAAAGAAAGACAAAGAUAUGCUUGAAGAUAAGUUUAAAAGCAAUAAUUUAGAGAGAGAGCAGGAGCAGCUUGACCGCAUCGUGAAGGAAUCUGGAGGAAAGCUGACCAGGCGGCUUGUGAACAGUCAGUGCGAAUUUGAAAGAAGAAAACCAGAUGGAACAACGACGUUGGGACUUCUCCAUCCUGUGGAUCCCAUUGUAGGAGAGCCAGGCUACUGCCCUGUGAGACUGGGAAUGACAACUGGAAGACUUCAGUCUGGAGUGAAUACUUUGCAGGGGUUCAAAGAGGAUAAAAGGAACAAAGUCACUCCAGUGUUAUAUUUGAAUUAUGGGCCCUACAGUUCUUAUGCACCGCAUUAUGACUCCACAUUUGCAAAUAUCAGCAAGGAUGAUUCUGAUUUAAUCUAUUCAACCUAUGGGGAAGACUCUGAUCUUCCAAGCGAUUUCAGGGAUUGCACAGGGGAACAACACUGGCAAAGGCCCAUGCCCUCCUGUCAAAUGAUGACAAGUGCUUUGGAGAAAGGUAAAGCAGCAGAGAAGGAGAGAGUAGUGCUGGGGCUACGAGAGGGAUGCACUUUUAAAUCAGUCAGCAUCCAUGAGUUUUUGGCCACGUGCCAAGAUUAUCCGUAUGUCAUGGCAGAUAGUUUACUGGAUGUUUUAACAAAAGGAGGGCAUUCCAGGACCCUACAAGAGAUGGAGAUGUCAUUGCCUGAAGAUGAAGGCCAUACUAGGACACUUGACACAGCAAAAGAAAUGGAGCAGAUUACAGAAGUAGAGCCACCAGGGCAUUUGGACUCCAGUACUCAAGACAGGCUCAUAGCGCUGAAAGCAGUAACAAAUUUUGGCGUUCCAGUUGAAGUUUUUGACUCUGAAGAAGCUGAAAUAUUCCAGAAGAAACUUGAUGAGACCACCAGAUUGCUCAGGGAACUCCAGGAAGCCCAGAAUGAACGUUUGAGCACCAGACCCCCUCCCAACAUGAUCUGUCUCUUGGGUCCCUCAUACAGAGAAAUGCAUCUUGCUGAACAAGUGACCAAUAAUCUUAAAGAACUUGCACAGCAAGUAACUCCAGGUGAUAUCGUAAGCACGUAUGGAGUUCGAAAAGCAAUGGGGAUUUCCAUUCCUUCCCCCGUCAUGGAAAACAACUUUGUGGAUUUGACAGAAGACACUGAAGAACCUAAAAAGACGGAUGUUGCUGAGUGUGGACCUGGUGGAAGUUGAGGCUGCCUGGUAUUUGAUUAUAUAUUAUAUGUAAAACACCCCUUUCAGCUUCAUUUACCAGAAGGCCUCUGUGAGAAAUGCUGUCAUUGCAGGCCCACCAGGGAGAGGGAGUCUCCAAUCCGUGCUAGACAGCUCAGCUUACUCCCCCUUGGUGUCUAGAAAAACAGACCUCACUUGUGCGUGCCCACAGGCCACUGAGGUGGAAGUCUUUUCAUCAUGUGCUAAAGUUGUCUGCCUAGCACCUCAGGGAACAAAGAUCUCAAAGUCAGCCCUGAACCAGUGAACAUUCUCCAGCUGGCCUGGAAACUGUUACAGACCAGGCACAGAGGUUCUGGCCUCCCCUGCACAUUAUGGCUCAGUGGCUGCUUUGAGCCAGAAUCUGGUGCAUGUGUCUGAGAAGUCCUCCAGUGCAGGUCCAAAGAAGCCAACAUGCACAGCCAUCUGCAUGCCUUUGGGAUUGGCGUGGGGCGGAGUCUUCUCCUGGGGUUGCUUCAGGGAAGGAGACUGGCUUCCCAGCCUUUUCGGAAUCCAGCAGGAGCCCUCAGUUCAGCCCCAGCCCCUGAAACUUGGCAGUGUCCGUACAGACAAAGUAAGUCCUCAGCUCGCCUUUGCCUUUGACGUUGAUCAGGCCACGGCAUUCACAAGAGUACCCGAGGCCCUGGAGGAUGGUGCAGGUCUCCUCGGUAACCUGAAAAGGAAGAGAGACCUGUUGUCUUCAGGGGCAGGAAGAACACCUGUCAUGGUAGGGACAGAUAGAGACUGCCCAGGCAUGCAGUCUGCCUUCCCUGGAGAGUGUGAUAGCUAGAACCAUGGCUGCUGGGUGAGACAGCAGCUCUUAAGUCCAAGUCCCCUCACCGCUGGGGAAGAUCUUUUCCCCUUAGUCACCUGCUUCCCCAGUGGGUCUUUACCUGGAUUUUCCCAAGUUCUCCAGUGCUCUCCAUUCGGCUGGCCACGUUGACUGUGUUUCCCCAGAUGUCAUACUGAGGUUUUCGGGCCCCAAUCACUCCAGCAAUCACAGGCCCAUGAUUUAUGCCUGAAGAUGAUGUUUACAGUUACCCAAGCGUGCAGGCAAAGCCUCAAGCUUCUGCCCUUAGGGGAGGCCAAAGAAUCCAUACCCCAGCACAGGAUGCGGGGACAAAACAACUAGAGUGAAGGCUGGGUUGCUUCCCAGAGUCACUGUGUUGCAGUCGGGCUUGGGGUGUGAGGAGGGCAUUCCCCGGCCAGCUCUUUUUCAGACUCAGAAGUCUGGGUUUGAUGUUAACACUUGUUAUCUGCUAAUCUCCCUUUUAACAAAGAAUACUUUGUUAAAAGUAUUAACAAAGGCCUGGCUUUGAGCGCAGGCCCGCAACUAUUUAGGUUUAGUAACUUUGCUUCCUUCUCUAUAUUUUAAGGUCACCUGUUUACAGACAAUAAUUUUGGUUCUCCAUUUUCUGUAGUUACGUAUUAUUAAAACUCUCAAUGGUAACUAUAUGCUAACUAUAUGCAAAACGUCAGAAUAAUUGUCCAACUGCUGAGCUUGUCAGAUCAGAGGGAUUUCUAAAACCUUUCAUAAUAGAUGGCGAGGUGCAGCUGUGCCGCACAGACUGGGUGGACUGGCCUAGAGGCAGGGGCUCCCCACCCCCCUCCAUCACCCGGGCUCACCGACGCGGAGGCGGAAGGAGUUGAAGGAGUGCCUGUUGAUGCCGUCCAGCUUACUCAUCAGGGCGAUGCUGAACUCCACCAUGACACCAAUGUGGGCAUGCUGCCGCUCCAGCUCCUGCGGGACAGGCUGUGGGUCAGAUCCUUGCAUCUCCAGAGCCCCCAGACCUAGUGGGCCCUGGCGCGCCACUCUUGUUGAGGAUCCCCACCACUAAAAUCCUGGCUGAGCCCUACAAGCACAUGUGCCCCUCCCCCAGGACGGGAUAAGGGCACACCCUUUAAGUAAGGUGACAGGUCACCUUUAAGUGUGGACAGUCAGCUGAAUUUCCCCUCUUGGGCUUGAGUACCUGGUUCUCGUGCCCUGAGGCGACGCUGAGCCCUGCAGCUGCCAUGUACGUGCUGCCGAUGGUCUUGAUCUUCUCCACGCCGCUGAACUUGGGCUUCAGUAGGAGCUGCAGGCAAGAAGGAAGCGGUGAAGCAGCCGCCACUCCAUAGCCGCAGCCAGGCUGCCUCCGCUCCUCAGGAAGGGUGUGGGGUUCCCUCCACCCAUCGCCGCCUCUCGCACACACGUCUCAUGGCUGCCCUGCCAGCUGAGCGCAUGACUAAGCAUGGUGAGGACAUGGCCCUUGGCGGCUCCUGCUCUUCCUAUUGUCUCUGUCCCCACACUGUCUCCCUCUUCCCUUCCAUCUGUGUCUGCACAGAGCAAACACAGCAUUAUCUACACAGGAAUGUAGAUUCUUUGUCUCCAGCAAAGAAUUCAACCCAAACUGAUUUCCUCUGUUUGGCUUGGUUGAUAGCGUGGGCUUAGUUGGAAAUGAAGCUAAGGGGCCUGAGUCUAAUCUUAGCAAGCUGCCCAUCACAGAGAAGAUGCCAACGAAAUAUUUGCUGCAUAAAACAGAACGAAAAAGAAAUGUGUACCUUUAUAUUUCUGUGUAAUGUAUGUUCCCCCCAGGCGGGCCACGUC